CAAACGCACGCGACCGCAUUAAGGAUGAGGAACCCGACGGGGCGGACAAAACCACACACAUCUGUUUAAUCAUGGAGAUGUAAAAAGACAAAACAAAAACAAAAAAAGACAAACAGGGCGAGAUAUUUUUUUCAAUCUUUGAUUGGAGAGAGUUUGAUAUGUUGUCAGAUUUUUUUUAAAUCUCUGACUGGGUAGAGGUUUAAGCACAGAAACAAUGAGUGCUGCACCAGGGUUAUCAACUUUGUUGCUGCUUUUCGUUGCUCUUGUAUGUAAUGCACCAGUAGCGACUCUGGGAACAACAACAGUUGUGGCUGUGACAACUGGAGCAGCAACAACAACCGGAGGCGCAGCAAUGACCGCAGGUGCCACAACAACCGGAGGUGUGACAGCAACCGGAGUAGAGACAACAACUGGAGCAGCAACAACGACUGGCGACGCAACAAUGACAGGAAGUGUGACAACAACCGAAGUUGCAACUACAACCGGAGGCCCAACAACAAUCACGGGUGCUAUAACAACUGGAGCAGCAACAACAACCGGAGGCACAACAAUGACCGCAGGUGCCACAACAACCGGAGGUGUGACAGCAACCGGAGUAGAGACAACAACUGGAGCAGCAACAACGACCGGCGACGCAACAAUGACAGGAAGUGCGACAACAACUGAAGUUGCAACGACAACCGGAGGUGCAACAACAACCGUAGACGUAACGAUGACAGCAGGUUCCACAACAACCGGAGGUGUGUCAGGAACCACAAUAGAGACAACAACUGGAGCAGCAACAACAACCGUGGGCGCAACGAUGACAGCAGGUGCCACAACAACCGGAGGUGUGACAGCAACCGGAGGCGCAACAACAAUCACGGGUGCUAUAACAACUGGAGCAGCAACAACAACCGGAGGCACAACAAUGACCGCAGGUGCCACAACAACCAGAGGUGUGACAGAAACCGGAGUAGAGACAACAACUGGAGCAGCAACAACGACCGGCGACGCAACAAUGACAGGAAGUGCGACAACAACUGAAGUUGCAACUACAACCGGAGGUGCAACAACAACUAUAGGGGUAACGAUGACAGCAGGUUCCACAACAACCGGAGGUGUGACAGCAACCGGAGUAGAGACAACAACUGGAGCAGCAACAACAACCGGAGGUACAACAAUGACAGGAGGUGCGACAACAACCGAAGUUCCAACUACAACCGGAAGCGCAACAACAAACAUAGGUGCCACAGCAACCGGAGUAGAGACAACCACUGGAGCAGCAACAACGACCGGCGACGCAACAAUGACAGGAAGUGCGACAACAACUGAAGUUGCAACUACAACCGGAGGUGCAACAACAACCGUAGGCGUAACGAUGACAGCAGGCUCCACAACAACCGGAGGUGUGACAGCAACCGGAGUAGAGACAACAACUGGAGCAGCAACAACGACUGGCGACGCAACAAUGACAGGAAGUGUGACAACAACCGAAGUUGCAACUACAACCGGAGGCCCAACAACAAUCACGGGUGCUAUAACAACUGGAGCAGCAACAACAACCGGAGGCACAACAAUGACCGCAGGUGCCACAACAACCGGAGGUGUGACAGCAACCGGAGUAGAGACAACAACUGGAGCAGCAACAACGACCGGCGACGCAACAAUGACAGGAAGUGCGACAACAACUGAAGUUGCAACGACAACCGGAGGUGCAACAACAACCGUAGACGUAACGAUGACAGCAGGUUCCACAACAACCGGAGGUGUGUCAGGAACCACAAUAGAGACAACAACUGGAGCAGCAACAACAACCGUGGGCGCAACGAUGACAGCAGGUCCCACAACAACCGGAGGUGUGACAGCAACCGGAGGCGCAACAACAAUCACGGGUGCUAUAACAACUGGAGCAGCAACAACAACCGGAGGCACAACAAUGACCGCAGGUGCCACAACAACCAGAGGUGUGACAGAAACCGGAGUAGAGACAACAACUGGAGCAGCAACAACGACCGGCGACGCAACAAUGACAGGAAGUGCGACAACAACUGAAGUUGCAACUACAACCGGAGGUGCAACAACAACUAUAGGGGUAACGAUGACAGCAGGUUCCACAACAACCGGAGGUGUGACAGCAACCGGAGUAGAGACAACAACUGGAGCAGCAACAACAACCGGAGGUACAACAAUGACAGGAGGUGCGACAACAACCGAAGUUCCAACUACAACCGGAAGCGCAACAACAAACAUAGGUGCCACAGCAACCGGAGUAGAGACAACCACUGGAGCAGCAACAACGACCGGCGACGCAACAAUGACAGGAAUUGCGACAACAACUGAAGUUGCAACUACAACCGGAGGUGCAACAACAACCGUAGGCGUAACGAUGACAGCAGGCUCCACAACAACCGGAGGUGUGACAGCAACCGGAGUAGAGACAACAACUGGAGCAGCAACAACAACCGAAGUUCCAACUACAACCGGAGCUGCAACAACAACCAGAAGCGCAACAACAAACAUAGGUGCCACAGCAACCGGAGAUGUGACAGCAACCGGAGUAGAGACAACAACUGGAGCAGCAACAACGACCGGAGGCGCAACAAUGACAGGUGGUGCCACAACAAACGAAGUUACAACUACAACCGGAGCCGCAACAACAACCGGAGGCACAACAAUGACAGCAGGUGCCACAAUAACUGGAGGCGCAACAACAGCCAGAGAUUCAACAACAACCAGAGGCAUGACAACGACUGGAAUAGAUACAACAACAACAGGAGGAUUAACAACAACUGGAAUAGCAGCAACAACCAGAGGUGCAACAUCAACCGGAGUAGCAACAACAACUGCAGGUUCAAACACAACAGAAGGCUCAACGACAACCAUAGUAGCAACAACAACCAAAGGGGCAACAACAACAGGCGAAACAGUAGUAAACGUAACCACUCUAUCAACGACAUCCACAACUACAGCAACAACUACCACCACUACCUUUGCACCCCCACCGGUUGUUGUUGUUGUUGUUGUUGUUGUAGCAGUAUUGUUGGAACCAUACGAACCAGAACUGGCAAACCCCAGCAGUCCACAAUUCAUUGUUCUCGCUGAAAGAAUCUUCGUAGUGUACGACGCCAUAUACAGAAGGAGGUACAGAACCUACAGCCGCUGUAUCGUCAGAAGCUUCAGGCCUGCAGCAGUCCAGACGCGAAUGGACAACGUUGAGGCGGAAGUGGACAUUGAGUUCGACAACAACUCCACCACGACAGGAGAAACAAUUCCCAGUGCAGACGCCGUGGCCACUACGUUACAAGAGGAAGUGUCCAACCCCAACAGCACCUUCAACCUCACCAUUGACAAAGAUUCCAUAGAAGCCAAUGAGAAAAACACGACAACCGUCACACCGAUGACAAGCACUGCCACUGCCGAGGCACUCACAACAAUAACUCUAGAAGCAACAACAACUGGCGAAACAGUAGUAAACGUAACCACUCUAUCAACGACAUCCACAACUACAGCAACAACUACCACCACUACCUUUGCACCCCCACUGGUUGUUGUUGUUCUUGUAGCAGUAGUGUUGGAACCAUAUGUACAAGAACUGGCAAACCCCAGCAGUCCACAAUUCAUUGUUCUCGCUGAUAGAAUCUUCGUAGUGUACGACGCCAUAUACAGAAGGAGGUACAGAGCCUACAGCCGCUGUAUCCCCAGAGGCUUCAGGCCUGCAGCAGACCCGACGCGAAUGGAAAACAUUGAGGCUGAAGUGGACAUCGAGUUUGACAACACCACCACGCCAGGAGAAACAAUUCCCAGCGCAGAGGCCGUGGCCACUACGUUACAAGAGGAAGUGUCCAACCCCAACAACGCCUUCAACCUCCCCAUUGACCCACAGUCCAUAACAGCCUUUGUGAAAAACACGACAACCGUUGCACCGACCACCGCUGAGGCGCUUACAACGCGCCGGGUGACGUUCCGAUCGGCGGGAGAGGAGUUCACCACAGACUUGUUAAAUUCAUUUUCCGCAGCAUUUAUCAAUCGAGCCUCCACGAUCAAGACAACGCUUGAACCUUUCUACCAAAUCACAUUCACUUCAUUCCGCACCUUGACCGUGGUUUCGUUCAGUAAUGGCUCCAUCCUUAACAACAUGGACCUGACGUUCGUGUCCAGCACCGUUCCCAACAAUAGGGCCAUCGCGAGCGUUUUGGUGAACGUCGCGCCCAACAUCACGGCCUUCAACGUGGACAUCUCGUUCAUUUUUGUGGACGGCGCGCAAGUUUCAAGUGGAGCGAGCCACAAAACAAAACUCAUCAGCGCAUCCUGCCUGGUACUGUUGUCAUGGUUACUGGCAAACCAGCAAUAAUUCUGCUUUUUUCAUGUCUGCAUCUGAGGAUAAAUAAGCCAAUAUAUGACAUGUACUGUUUUUUUAAUAUCAUGACUAGCAGAAGCGCAUGUGGUAACAUUACGACUUUAAUUGUACAAAAUUACGACAUUAACCUUCUAAAAUGCCAACAUUAGCUUUGUAAAAUGAUAACAAUUCAUCUUGUAGUAUUUCACUUUUGUGGCAGAAACAAGACUGUGCAUAAUUUCGAUUUUCUUUUGUCAAAAAACAAUUAAAAAUUUAAAAACAUUUGUCUCGUAUUUCACCAGUCUGGUAGCUUUGCGACUUUUUAAAGUGGCAAAUUAUGAAAUUUUCUUGUAAAAUCCCAACAUUUGUCUCACAUUUCAACAGUCUGGUAGCAUUACGACUUUAAAUGUGAAAAUUAUGACAUUUUUCUCUUACAAUGACACCCCCCCCACACCCCCACUUGUUAAAUACCAACAUUUAACUUGUACUGUGCUAUAUUAUUAAAUUUUCCUUGUCAGCAGGCUGGUAGCAUUACAACAUGAAAUGCGCCAAAUUCAGGAUGUUUUCUUGUCAAAUAACAUUCUUUUCAUAGGCUACGGUGGAAUUGUGGUAACGUAACUAUUAAAAUAUGAUGACCGCACUGUCCUAAAAUGGGCAACAUUUUAUCCUAAAAUAGCAUCACAGUUCUUAUAAAAUGACAACAGUGUACAUAGAUGGCUAAAACCUCUUUGAUGCAUUAACACCUUUACAAACUGUUAAAUUAUUACAUUGUACUUGUAUUGUUUUGAUGACAAUAAAACAACAUUGCAUUCAA